AUGCUUAAAGAAAAGAAACUAGCCGUGCUGGUGGUGGUGCUGUAUUGCUUGCUGCUUGCUGCGACGGCGCAUUUCGCAUGGGGGUUUGUUCACAACACAAGGUUGACCUUCACCGCCCCAAAGAAAACCAUUGUCUACGACGCCGAACAUACGGCGGCGCGUUACUUCCCACAGCAGCUGCCAAUAGACCCCUUGUAUCUGUUGGUCACAUCCCAGGAUCCACCGCGGAGCAUUUUAGACGACCCAAGCUUUAAACCCUUUUACAACUAUCUUUCGCAUCAGCUAGGAAACGAGAGUAGUCCUAUCUUUGGUAAGGUAACCGAUAUACGUGGGUAUUUUGCUGUCCCGGAAUUUAGCCAACUGCGUGAUCGCUUCAUUGGCGGAGAUCACAAUCAAUCAUCGUUGCUGGUGCUCAGUUUAGCGCCUUCCGUGAAGAGUGAUGCUGUUAUGCCUGCCGUUAGUUCCGUUAUCGAUGCGUGGUGUAUUGAGCAUGCUGCAACCUUUUCCCGGGAGUAUACCAGCACCCAGUUGGUCUCGGGCGAUGCUGCAGGUGGUAUUCUGGAGGAUUUGGUUCGCGUGGAUGCCAUUUCCCUUCCCAUGGCGUUUCUAGUUUUAACUUGCUGUUUGGGUUCGGCGCGGCUGUUACUGGUUCCGUUUUUGGCACUUCCCUGCACCGUCUCUAUUGCGUUUAGUAUUAUGUACCCAAUUUCGUUUUUUCUGGAGGUGUCAUCGUUUGCCCCAGAGUUGACGCUCGGUGUGGUUGCAGCCCUCUCAAUUGAUUAUUCCCUCUUUAUUCUCACGCGUUUCCGGGAACAAGUUCUGCUGCAGGAGCUCCUGCUUGGGCGAAGCCCGCAAACGGAGUGGGUUGUAGUCAGAAAUACUGCUACGUUGACGGCCGACAACAUCUGUGUCUCAGGGUUAACGGUUGCCCUCUCUGUUGGGAGUUUGCUGUUUGUCCCCGUCACAUUUCUUUCCACGUUGGGGCUGACAAUGUGUGUCACGGUUGUCUGUGCCAUUUUUGUUAGCCUCACCUUGCAGCCCGCCCUUCUGUUGGUUUUCUACGACUUUUUUGGACAUCCUCCCACAUGGAGAGAUCUUUGGUGUAAGCUGAUUUCUUGCCGCUUUUUUGGGCGGCUCCGUCGCUGCCGCCCUCCGCAUGCCGCCUUCCUCGACGACGCUUCCCAGCCUAUGGCUGCCUUGCAAGAUGAGUUGCUCCCGGAAGGCGAAAUGACGUGUUCGAGCCAUGAGGCCCUGGAGCUUCAGCGACAAAUGUCGUCGUACUGGUUUAGGAUUAGCCGUUUCUCCUUUCGGCACCCGUGGGCCGCCGCGAUGGCUGUUCUUGCUUUUGGCGCACCUUUUUUUUACUUCACAACACGCUUGCGGGUGGACUUUGACAUUUUCACGCAGGUUCCACAAGGAAGUCCGCAUGGGGAGGUGCUGCAAAGAAUCCAGCGUGACAUUGGCGGAGGAUUGGCGAUUCCAUUUUACAUCCUUUUUUCUGUGCGUGGAGUGUACGACGUUUCAUUUUGGAAGACGGACGACAUGACGAACACAAUGCGGUCCGUCAUUGAAGCAAUUGUUGCACGCACGGGGCAACCGCACUCGUCGAUUAUCUCGCCCAACAUGAUUCUGAAUCCAAAGAGCACGGAGGUUGUCUGGCUGAAGGCAUGGGAAUCUUUUUUGCUUUAUAGUUUUAAUACUGAGUAUCAGUACCUCGUUAACCAAACAGUGUCUGCGCUUGAGGGGAAGGCGGCUUACAUCUUUCUUACACCACCCGAAAGUCCCUUUGGGGCCUCUGCAAAUGUGUACCUCAAUACAUUAAGGGAUAUUCUGGAGGAGCAUGCUGCCGAUAAUGUGUUGUUCAGCUAUGGAAUUCUCGGGGCGAGUAGUUCUUCAUGGGCCAUUAUGAGCAAGUCGAUGGAGUUUUUUCCAAUCCAGAUUGGCGUGGUAUUUGGGGGCAUUUUCAUCAUGAUGCUUCUCAUUUUUCGUUCUGUGUUCCUGCCGUUUCGACUCAUUUUUACAGUCUUCUACACAGUUGGUUUUUCGUAUGGGGUGGGUGUCAUAGUAUUUCAGUAUAACUGGCUUCAUUCGGUGUGGCGUGCGCUGGAGCAGGUGGAGAAUUAUUGCUAUCUAAUCCCGUUAUUCGCCUUUUUGCUUCUAUCUGCCCUUGCCUUGGACUACGACGUGUUUCUCACGACGCGCAUCAUUGAAUUCAAAAAGAAGGGCUACACUGACGAGGCGGCUGUGGCGAAGGCGGUAUGGAAGACGGGCUCCAUUAUUUCGUUUGCGGGUCUCAUCAUGUUUCUGACGAUUGGAUCAAUGGUGUUUUCAUCCGUUAUGAUGCUCUCGCAGUUCGCCGUCGUGUGUGGUGCGGCAGUGUUGCUUGAUACUUUUGUGGUUCGACCUUUUUUUGUCCCCGCAUUGAUGGGCAUUGGGGCUGGGCGGUAUUUGUGGUGGCCGCGUCGCUUUCCUGAACUGAAGCGUGACGUGCACGACAUGCGACUCAAUCCCGAUGCCAAUUUGGAGGAAACUGCUGCGGAGCAUGAGCUAGAAGGUGAAGAAGAACGGGGGAUUUCCGCAGCAGGUACGCCGCGUACUGCAAACGGAGUUCCCUCGGACAACCCUCCUGCGCGGCCGCACGCUGCGCCUCGUACGAGUGAUCAGCCGCAAAGGCAUUGA